AUGACUCAACCACCAGGCUUCACUGAUCCAAUGUAUCCUGAUCAUGUAUAUCUCUUGAAGAAGGCACUAUAUGGUCUCAAACAAGCUCCCAGAACUUGGUUUGAGAGAUUUAGUCUAUUCCUGCUUCAUCUUGGAAGCAACUCAAGGCAGAUAGGGGAAGUAGUGCAAAAACUGGGGCAUGAAUUUGUUAUGAAGGAUCUUGGACCCUUGAGUUACUUUUUAGGUAUUGAAGUAAGCUAUUUUCCUGGAGGAAUCCAUUUGAACCAAAGCAAAUAUGCAAAUGAUCUGCUUAGUAAAGUGGAUAUGGCAAAUGUAAAAACAGUGCAUACUCCACUAGCUCAGAAGCAUGGUCUACAAGAAGCAGCCGGCAAAGCAGCUGAUCCCUCAAAUUACAGAAGCUUUAUAGUAAGCUUGCAGUACCUCACACUUACAAGACCAGACAUUACUCAUGUUGUUAAUCUUGCAAGUCAAUUCAUGCAGAAUCCAAAUAGCAUACAUCUUCAGGCAGUAAAGAGAAUAUUGAGGUAUGUCAAAGGAACCAUCGAUCAUGGACUGAGAAUCAUAUCACAGUCUUCCUUCAGGCUGUAUGGAUUAUCAGAUGUAGACUGGGCUAGAUGUGCCAUUACAAGGAGGUCCACUACUGGAUAUAGUAUAUACCAUGGUGCAAAUUGUGUCUCCUGGUCAUCAAGAAAGCAGAAUACUGUUGCAAGGUCAAGUGCUGAAGCUGAGUAUAGAUACUGA